AUGAUAGAACUUUCAGCGAAACUAACCACUGGAACUGUAUAUCUGGCCGGAGAAGCCUUAGAAUGUUCCAUUUCAUUUUGCCAUACAACGCAGCCGGAACAUAGGAAUUCACAAAGCCACAGUGAUAUACUUGAAAAUUUAGCAUGGGCUUCAGCACAGAUACACUGUUUUUAUUCAACAUCAGGAAAUACAGGAGAAAAAACACCAAUAUUAGGCAAAACUACAGCCUUGGAAGUAACGUCUUGUGAUAUUGGAGAUGUAAUAUUUCAUACAAAACCAAAAAUUCUAUUUUGUGAUCUGACAAUUCCUCUUGGAGAGACCAAAACAUUUUGGUAUAGAGAGUCUCUACCUAUUGAAGCAGCACCCUCUUAUCGCGGGACAUCUGUUAAAUAUUCUUACAAAAUAACAAUAGCCUCUCAAAAGGUGGGUUCUCAUAUUAAAAUGGUUCGCAUACCCUUUAGAGUACUGCCAAUAAGCCCUAUAAUGAAUAUGCAAGACCAUGCAGCUUUAUGUGGAAAUGAAACAACAGAAGAUCUGCAGCCUACUAAUCCAUUUUCAGAAGAGAGGAAAGUUGAAACUCCUCUUACUAUGGCUUUGCAAGGUUUACAGAACCUCACAGCUAGAAGAAGUCCAAACGCCUAUAUGAUAACAAACACCAGAGGAAAAGUGGGAAGAUUUUGCUUAUUUAAAUCAGCAUACAAGCUUGGUGAAGAUAUAGUAGGCACAUUUGACUUCUCUGUUGGAACUGUCACUUGUAUGCAGGUGUCUGUAUCAUUGCAACCCGAGGAAGUGUUAAAAUCUAAAUCACCAUCUAAAAAUGCCAAUAAAGAUACAAGUAGUAGAUCUAUGACAGUGGCAAGAUAUCAUGAAGUCACACUGGGACUUACACACUCUCAACUUAUACUUCCAAUACCUUUGCAUAUCACUCCAGCCUUCGAUGUAGAAGAUGUUUCUUUAAGAUGGAGACUACAUUUUGAAUUUGUGACAACUAAUGAAAAAUUAUUGCCAAACCCUGAAGACAGAGAUUGGAAUGCUCCUUUGAAUGUGCCCAUUGAAACAAUGGUGUGGAAUUUGCCUGUCAAAAUUUAUUCCACUCUACCAAAACAAAUUACUCAACAUUCACUUGGGAGUGACGCAUAUACUCUUCUCAUAAAAUGA